UAAGAACAGGAGCUAAAGUAUCUAUAAUUAGUCUACACAAUGGAUACGACAGGAGAUACUGCAGAAACGGGCUAUAAAAAUAUAAAAAUAACUGUCAUCCGUGGAAAUAACCUGCAAGGAAAAAAGACAGACGGCUUCCAGAGUUUUCUGCAGGUUCAGGUGGAUGGAAAUGUGCUGGGAGAGUCAGACAGGAAGCAGGUCGACCCGGUGGAGCAGCGUGUUGAUUAUGACUUUACCUGCAGCUUUCACUGUUCCAAUAACACUCAGGCUCUCAGUGACCUCGCCCAUAAACCCAUCAUAUUGACAGUGAGAGAGGUUCUGCCCGAGGAGAAGAAAGCUGAGGCGAAAACAGCCGUGCUGGGCCAAGCUGUGGUGGACCUGCUGCCACUGCUACAAGGUCAAUGCAGCUUUUCAUCCACAGUUCCACUGAAUCCAGUGUACAGCCCCUCAGCCAAAGCUUCUUCCCAGGACAUUGGCUCAAAGAGCAGCCUGAAUGUGGAGGCAGCAUGUAGGGCCAGACACAAGCAGGUGGCCAACCAAGUCAUCCCAAAGUGGAGGAGUCAGCAACCGACCUUGGAUGUGUGUGUCAGUGUGACGGAUCCAUUGCUGUCUGAGACUGAACUCUCAGGAUCCAACCUGCUGAGGGUAACCAUGGAGACAGCCUUCUCCAUCCCUGAGCCGUGGACGUUGCAGUCUGGGCCCAACCCCCCUCCCUGCACAUACACUGCUGCCAUGGAGGUCCCGCUGACUGCACAGAGAGAUCAGGUGCUGGUGUUCUGUGAGGGGCAGCUGAAGGCAGGGGGACAGAGGGAGGAAACGGGCCGACAGAAGAAGAGGCCCCAUCUAGCGCUGCUGGUCCCGGGGAAUCACUUCCUGCCUGCUGUCUUUUCCAAGGAAGAGCACUUCGAACAGGAGGACGGCCAGCUGACUGGCUUAGAGGACCGGGAGUUUCGUGAUGAGUCUGAGUCCACUAAGAGCAGGGUGAGCUGGGACACUGAGAUGUGCUGCUUCCUGGAUGCAGGAGGAACUACCAGGCUGCGGCAGAGGAUCACUGAGAGCAGACUGUGGCCUCUGGAGAUUACGAGGUCUUUGGCUCCCAUGACAAAGGCAGCAGAGAACAAGACGCUAGCAGAGGAGGCCCAAGAGAUCCCCUUCCAUGGAAUUGCGUAUGUGGACAUGGGACGGCUGCUGUAUCCUGGAGUCAGCCGCAUCCGGGGAGCAUACAGCAUACUUCCCUUCUCCGAGGCUGAGUUGCUGAAAAAGGCCAAGCGGAGUGUCAGUGUGUUAAAGGAGCAGGCCAAGGCUGCAGCCAAUCAGCGACAAGCUCGUGCUGCCUCCGCUGCAGGCUCCCACAAGGCCAAAGCAGGCAGGAACUCUGAUGGGAGGGGAGCAAAGGAAUCCAAGGAGCCAGCCAAAAAGCAACCUGGUAAUCAGAGCAGGACGGCUGCAGCCGAAGGCCUGGCUGACACUUUGGCUGAAACGGAACCCCACGUCAAUAUGGAGGGAAAUAUGUAUUUGGAGGCCAGAACCUAUAUUAUUAUUGAUAUAGCCUUGGAGAAACCGCUGGUACCCAAAACAUCUUCGGAGGAGCUCUCUAGAAGGGUGAAAGCGUUGAUUCCACCCAGAUCUCCACUUGCACCGGGCCAUAGCAGAGCAGAGAGAGCAGUGCUGGACUUUCACAGGCAGGUAGGCAGCGUGGUGACCCAUGUUUCUGACCAGCAUGAGGAAUUGUUCGGAUCGAGAUGCAAGGCGCCUGAAGGCAGCAGCCGGGAGCAGAUGAUGGUUCAGCUGAUGGGGUCGCUCAAUGUCUCUGGGAGAUACUUCGCUUUCAAGGAACAGUUGAAGGUCAACUGCACACAUCCCUGGUGGAGGAAUCCAACUCAGGAAAAUGGAUUUCUGGAUCCGUAGCCCCUUAGGUUUUGACACUUGUGGUGUGUGUG